ACCGCUGUACGCGUAUUUUGAACUGUGUACAAACGGACCAGACUGAGAGCAGGCAGAGAGACGACGCUCCGCUCGUCUCUUUGGCAAGUGUUAGGCUAACGGUAGUUGUUUUUAACUGUUCACCGAUAUUUACAACAGAGUGGAAUUUAACGAUGAGAAAGAGCGAGGUGCUCGCAGCAGAGGCUGUGUCGUGUCUGAAUAAAGCGCUCUGCCACCUGAAGGACAUUUGGGAGGAGAUCGGUAUCCCCGAGGACCAGAGACUGCAGAGGACUAAUGUUGUCCAGAACCACAUUAAGAGCUUACUAGAGAUGAUGAUCAAAGAAGAGGAAUCUCUGAGAAAGAGGCUCGUGAGCAGCAUUCAAACAUGCAGGACAGAAAUGGAGAAACUCUGCCUGGAGCUUCAGCUGACUGAGUUUGAGGAGGAGAAUGAUAUCAGCAUGCUCCAGCAGGAGAAGAACAUCCGCACACAGGUGGAGGCUCUGUUGAAGGAGAGGACUCAGCGGAUGCAGCAGCUAAAGGUUCUGCUGGAGCAAGAGCAGGACCUGUGUGACAUCCUGUGCUCCAUGCCUUAUGGCAUCGCUCCAGACUCUGUCCCCACACUGGAACAACUGGAGAGCUUCGACCAGCACGUCGCUAACCACAACGCAGAGAAGUCGAAGCGGUAUGCUGAGUUCAUGGACCUCAAAAGACAGAUCAUCUUGUCCAUGGAAGAGCUGGACCACACUCCCGAGACCAGCUUCGAGAAGGACGUCGUCUGUGAGGACGAGGACUCUUUUUGCCUUUCAAGAGACAACAUCACGUCACUCAAACUGCUUGUCUGUCAGCUGGAGGAACGCAAGGUGGAGAACGAGGUGAUCUGUGAGACUCACCGAGAGAAGAUUCAGCGGCUGUGGGAUAGACUGCAGGUUCCCCAGGAGGAGAGAGAGGCCUUCAACGAACACAUGGUCACAUCUAGGAAGAGGAAUCUGGAAGCGUUACAAGCAGAAUUUCAGCGUCUGGAGGAGCUCAAAAUGCUAAACAUCUGCAAUGUCACUGAUGCCAUCCGCUCUGAGAUCGCUGUGUUUUGGGAAAAGUGUUUCUUCAGCAUUGACCAGCGGCAGGAUUUCGCUCCGUAUUUUAGCGAGAUUUUUACUGAAGAGCUGUUGAGUCUGCAUGAUGCGGAGAUCCAGCGCUUGAAGCAGCACUAUGAGGACCACAAAGAGCUUUUUGACGGUGUUCAUCAGUGGGAAGAAAGCUGGAGACUCUUCCUCGAGCUGGAGAAAAAAGCCACGGAUCCGACAAGAUUUGCUAACAGAGGAGGAAACCUUCUGAAAGAGGAGAAACAAAGGUCUGAGCUGCAUAAAAGCCUGCCCAAGCUGGAAAAGAAAUUAAAAGCUCAGAUUGAUGCAUGGGAGAGUGAGCAGGAUCAUGAGUUUCUAGUAAACGGCCAGAAGUUUUUGCAGUAUGUGGAGGAACAGUGGGAGCUGCACCGAAUAGAGAAAGAGAAGGAGAAACAAGACAGGCAUAUCAAGAAGAGCAAACAGACCGAGGUGGACAUGCUGUACGGAACAGCAGUACGAACCCCGACCAAACGCAGACUGCUCGGCACUACUACCCCAAAUAAAUCCCGAAAGUUUAACGCCACGUCCAGCAUUUCAAGUGCCACCUCUAACAGCACCAGUCGCUCUGUCUAUGGUGGAACUCUCUGUCGCUCACCUGUGCCCCGCCCACCUCUCUCAGUGAACAAGGAUUCUCUCCUGCCGUUUGUCCUCCAGUGUCCAGCAGCACGGACACCAGGUGGCGGUAAACCCCCCAACCCACGACUGCAAGGCUGUAACAAGGAGAACGAGGCUCAGCUGAAGGGGAGCCCUCUGAGUGGUGCGUUGCUGAUCCCCGCUAGUCCACAGCCUAACUUCAGCAUAGCCUCUGCCGCCAGCACAUAUUCAGAGUUUGUGAGGGACUUGCUCAACACUGAACCUGUUCAGUUAAGCGAGACCUGUCCAAGGCCUCUAACACCAAGAUCCAGCACGACAUCCUGAACUCCACCACCACCGAUCUUUGACCUCUCCACUCUGGGGGUGACUGCCUCAGCUAUCAUAUCGUAUUCCUUUCAAUGAAAUUUUGAUCUCCUCCUAAAUGGAUCACUGCCUCUCCCUGCUAUCUGCUUUUAUAUGUAAAUGAAGGUAAUAUAUUAAGUGCUAAGUCAGUGAAAAACAAGGACUCUGUUGUCAGUUGCUGAGCAUGUUUUCUUCAGCAGUCUCUCACUGUAAGGAAAAAAUACGAAUGUGUCAUAAGUUAACUAACACUACUUCGCUCUCUAAAUUUUGCCAGUUAUUGAAAUGUAAUAAAUGUUGUCUGCAUUUUGUUCUGUACACAUUUUCUUUUUUUUUGUUCAAGGAAAGGAUAGAAAUUUUAACUUUCUGAUGUUAUGCAAUUGGGGGUUACAGGCCAAAUGUAUUAUGAAUACUUUGCACUUUUUUUGAAAAUAUAUUGCAGCACAUAGUAUAUUUUUUUUUGUCCUCAAUUCUUUUGGGCAUUUUUUGCCUUUUUUUUUAUUUGAUAGAGAAAGUGGAGAGGGACAGCAAAUGUGGGGAAAGAGUGUACAGUCGAGGAAUCAAACCGGGGACACACUGCUCGGGGCAUAUGCGCCCGUCCACGCAUUUUGUAAUUUUACACACACUGUUCCAUCCAAAUCUGUUUUCAUACAUGUAUGUAUUUGUGUACAUAUUUCUGUAUCCACUGUUCUCGUCAUAGAAACUCCUGUUUGACAAAGACGUUAGUUAAAGUAUGUCAUAAAUUUGUGCUGUAUAUCAUUUUAAAUCACAUGAAAUCAACACACUAUCAUGAUUGAUUUUGUAAAUGCUUGUCAAAAUAGAAUAAAUGCAUUUUCACUUAAAGCA